AUGGCCGCCGCUUCGAGAUUACCAUGGUUUGCCCCGCAAAAUGGGAUUCAACAGGACUCUCAGGACAGCGAAACGCGAAUAGCCACGGUCAACGUUCCAUGUAAAGGCUUAAGUAGCAAAUUUCUGGUCGAUUGGUUACACGAGGAGCACAAAAGCCACUUGGCACUUCUUCAGGCGGCAUGGUCAAUUUCGCUUCGGUCUUAUACUGGCUCUAACGACGUCUGGUUUAGAUGCCUGAAACCAAAAAAAAGUUGCUACUGUCAUGUUUCGCUAUCACAGUCUGUGCGCAGUCUCUUCAAUAUACGCCACGUGGAGUUACAUGAAGGAAAUGGCGCCACUGGUCUGAUAGCCAACUCUGUUGUCUAUGUUAUUGAAGGACACGAAGACGAAUGUGACAGUGUGAGGCUUUGUGACCUGAGCGAGUUUGAUCUAGCCAUCGCUUUCUCGCAAGGAACAAAGACACAUUGCCCUAGCAUUGUGAUUCACCACAAAGUCUCGACCAUAUCAACUGAUUUGGCUGCAAUGAUUGCGGCAACGGUAGCCAAAGCCACCGAGCAAAUAGUUUUCCACAUUGAUUCUCAGAUUGAAGCGCUCGAUAUAUGCAGUGAUGUAGACAUCAACUGUCUAUUGCAAUGGAACAGCGUAUCGGGUGAUGAAGUACGUUUCACACGCUGCAUACAUCACAGAAUCUCCCAGAAAUGUGCUACACAGCCAGAGUCCACUGCUGUGUCAGCUUGGGAUGGUGAGCUUACCUAUGCAGAGUUGGAUAGCCUGUCAUCAGCCCUGGCAAUACGGCUUCAACACUUUGGGGUUGGUCCAGAAAUCUUCGUCCCCCUUGUAUUUGAGAAAUCGAAAUAUGCAGUCAUUUCCCUGCUAGGUGUCCUAAAGGCUGGCGGCGCGUAUUUCUUUCUCAACCCUUCCCAUCCAGUACGCUAUAACCAGAGCCUAUGCUCAUCUCUGUGUCCUGAAAUUGUGCUAUGCUCGCCAAGACAUCGUACACUUGCCGAAUCCUUCGCUGGCAAGGCCAUCCCAAUUGGGGAGGAGUGCUGUGAACUUCUGGACUCACUACCUGUUGAUGAGGUUCCACCACAAUUGACAGCGGAAACAAGCACGUCAAACGCCAUGUACAUAACGUUCACUUCUGGGACCACCGGUGCGCCGAAAGGCAUAAUUACUGAGCAUUCUGCCUUUUAUUCGAUGGCUAUGGCCAAUGGUAAAGCCCUUAAUGUUACCCCUGCGACGAGGAUGUUGCAAUUUGCAUCGUAUACAUUUGAUGUGAGCAAUCGCGAUAUGCUUAUUACACUCAUGUUUGGCGGGUGCAUCUGCAUCCCUUCUGAGAUUGAUCGUCUAAAUGAUCUCUCUGGGUUCAUGAAUCGCCACUCUGUCAAUUUAGCAAGCCUGACGCCGUCCUUGGCCAGUACCCUGACUCCUGCAUCAUGUCCGAGCCUUCAAGCGUUGGUUCUUGGAGGGGAGCCGAUGACCGAUAGCCAUGUCUCUACUUGGGCCAAGCACGUGCGGCUUUUCAAUGCCUAUGGGGUCAGCGAAAGUGCUGGAAUAGCAGCGUUAGCAUCGGAUAUUCAAGCAGACUGUUACCCGGGGAAUAUAGGCUUUGGAUGUGGAUCAACUUUAUGGGUCGUCGCGAUUGACCAACCCGAUAAACUGGCACCAAUUGGUGCACUGGGUGAAUUGGUCAUUGAGGGGCCAUCCGUUGCACGUGGCUAUAUGGGUGACAAGGAGCGAACAGAAAAGCAGUUCACUUCAAGCCCAGCGUGGAAGAAAAGGAUUCGUGAAGAGUUUGGCGAGACAGAUUCGGGGAAGCGGGUCUUCCACACAGGCGAUUUGGUGCGGUACAAUCUUGACGGGUCGCUGCAUUUUGUAGGAAGAAAAGAUCAUCAAGUGAAGGUUAACGGACAGCGCCUCGAACUGACGGCAAUUGAGCAUCAUAUAGCGGCAUGCUUCGAAGUCGCCAAGUCUGGGUUUCUUCAUAUAGCCGUCGUCGCCGCCAAGAACGAGGCAAAUAGCUCCACCAAGCUUCUCGCCUUUCUGGGCCUUGAUACGUCUAGAGGGCCUGAUAGCCCGUGUGAAAUGAUGUCAACGAAUUUGAAGGACAGGGAAACCCUGAAAGCAGCACUCAAACAGCACCUUCUGCAUUGCUUACCAACAUACAUGAUUCCAGUGGAUUUCAUCUUUCUGCAACACAUGCCACUCACAACAUCAGGCAAAAUUAAUCGACUCCAUCUACAGGAAACAGCUGUACAUGCGCUUUUUGAUGACCAGAAGAGGAACCAUGAUGCAUCUGAUACAAACCACAACGAAAUCGCAACCACCCCAAGAGAGAAAGUUCUUAUCCAAUCUUGGGCCAAUAUUCUGGCUAUCAAAGAUGCAAGUAUCACGCGUCACGACUGCUUUUUUCGGCGGGGCGGGGAUUCCAUUGCAGCAAUCAAAUUGACUGCUAGCCUUCGUCAGGAAGACUUUAUUAUAUCGGUGUCUGAUAUCUUUAGAUUUUCGACUUUGUCGGAUAUGGCGUCAGUGCUAGUCAAAGACAACAAGCCUUUGCCACCAGCACCUGCCCCCUUUUCAUUAAUGGACAACCCCCAGAUUGUACUUGAUGCGAUUUUGGAAGAGAUUAAUAUGCACAUUGACGACAUCGAGGAUGUAUACCCAUGCACCCAUAUGCAGCAAGGGUUAAUAGCCUUGACGGCGCAAAACCCUCAUGCAUAUAUUGGCAGCUACACCUGGGAGUUGGCCAAAACGCUCGACACGGAGAGAUUCAAAUAUGCAUGGAAGGAGGUUUGGUUCCACAAUCCAAUUCUUCGUACCAGAGUCGUGCAAAUCCCAGACGGUAUCUUCCAGGUCGUCAUAAGGACUAAUAUGCCGUGGAAAACCGUGACUGAUAUCACUGAUAUCACUGGUUGUGGAGAUAGGCAAAAAUGGACAGAAAUUGAUAUCAAUAACGGUCCACUUGUCCAGUUUUAUUACAGCAAAAAAUCUUUCCGGCUGGAUAUUCAUCAUGCCUUGUUUGACGAAUGGUCCCUUGACCUGAUCUUGGCACAGGUUGAGCGGGCAUACGCGGGGGAAACGCUUCAUACGCAGCCAUUCAGUCCAUUCGUUCAGCACCUUCUUCAUGAACGUGAUACUACCGUAGAGGAUUUCUGGCGUCAGGAAUUUUCUGGCCUCCAGGUGGAGCAUUUCCCAACUAGCACUUCAAGCCCGAUCAACAUUGGACAUGCGACCGAGAAGGUAGUUCUAGAACAUGGCCUGCAACUUUAUACCGGAUUUCGCACCAAGUAUACCGUUUCGUCCAUCUUACGGCUUGCGUGGGCGAUUGUCCUGUGGCACCAAACCGGCAGCGAAGACGUGGUGUUUGGAGCCACUGUCAGUGGCCGUAACGCAAACAUUGAUAGAAUCGAUCAAAUUAGCGGACCGACCUUGGCGACACUGCCGGUGCGCAUCAAACUGCCAACGAGCCGACCUGUCCACGAGGGCCUAUCCCAGGUCCAAGAACAAUUUGCCAACAUGAUGGGUUAUGAACAAACGGGAUUAUCUCGUAUUCGAAAAGCUGGGAGAGAGGCUGCUGAGGCAUGCAACUUCCAGAAUCUACUCGUCGUGCAACCGUAUGAGCAACAAACCGCGUCUCCUAUGUUCGAAACACCAGUCAACUCAGCCUCUUCUUCUGAAAACGCGAAAGUCUUCGCCAGCUACCCGAUGAUGUUAGUUUGCCGCCCAGAAAAGAGUGGAAUCACCAUGAAAGCAGCAUUUGAGCCUGCUUUUCUGGCACCCACCGCCGGACAUAGUAUUCUCAGACAGAUGGCGCAUGUUAUCCGCCAGCUUAUGACAUCCGACUCAAUACGCAUCGCAGAUGUUAGCCUGGUACCUCCGGAGGAUAUGGCUAUGUUGAGAAAAUGGAAUUAUUCGCUCCCGGAAGCUGUGGACACGUGCAUCCAUGAUCGCAUUCGCCAUUUAUGUAUUACCCAGCCUGAAGCACUUGCUGUUCACUCCGACGAUUUGGACCUGACAUAUGCGCAGCUUGAGAAUUAUUCCAAUCAAUUCGCGCACCGCUUGAUAGGAAUAGGAGUCAAGCAGGGUGACUUUGUACCCCUUUUAUUAGAGAGGUCACCCUGGGUUGCAGUUAUCAUGCUCGCAGUUCUGAAGACUGGCGCUGCUUUUGUGCUACUGGACCUUUCACACCCUAUGCAGAGGUUGCGAACGAUGUGUUCUAUGGUUGAUGCCAGAAUCGUCGUUUCAUUUAAGGAGCAUGCCCAUAUCAGUGAAAAUCUUCUAAUUUCGGUCAUCAUCUUUGACCCCGAGUCUCAUGUACAGAGUCUGGGUAGACAGACCAUAGCCUCUGAACCCAAGCCACCCACUGCAGUUGCCACUCCUGAUGCCCCUGCGUGCACCGUAUUCAGCUCAGGUUCUACCGGGCUGCCUAAAUGCAUUGUGCUUCAACAUAGUGCUCUCGCCACAAGUGCAUCUGUCAUGCGCCACUAUGGAAUGCUUGCCCCUAACAGUCGCGUCUUUCAUUUCGCCUCCUUUGCGUUUGACAUAAGCAUCGGCGAGAUCCUUUUUACCCUUGCGGCAGGGGCAUGUAUCUGUGUACCCCAUGAGGAGGAUCGAAGGGGGAACCCAGCAAAAGCCGCAUGUGACCUCCAAGUAACCUGGGCACUUCUAACUCCCUCUGUGAUCAAUCUGUUCGACCCAUCAGAUGUCCCCACUUUGGAAGUCCUAGGAUCUGCUGGCGAGCCUCUUACUCCACAUAUUGUGAACGUGUGGGCUCACAGGGUGAAACUAUUCGCGAUGUACGCACCGGCGGAAUGUACCGUUAUCUCUCAUAUCACGCGAAUUUUGCCCGACACUCACCACUCCAACAUUGGUCGAAGUCCUGGAGCAGUUUCUUGGGUAGCUCAUCCGUCAAAUCACAAUCGGCUCGUUCCUAUAGGCACAGUCGGCGAGUUGAUCGUUGAAGGUCCCGUAGUUUCGUCUGGGUAUCUCAACGACCCAGAGAAGACAAAGGAAGUCUUCAUUACUAGUCCGCCUUGGCUUGCCGAGGUCCGUUCCUACAGUGGAAAGCUGUACAAAACGGGAGACCUGGUCAAACAGACAUCGGAUGGAUCACUUCUGUUUGUCGGAAGGAAAGAUGACCAGGUAAAAUUGCACGGGCAGAGGCUUGAAGUGGGAGAAGUCGAACAUUGCAUAACCUCUUCAUGCACAGCUAUCAGAAUCGCUGCUGUUGAGUGUAUCCAGAUUCGAGAACAAAACAACCGAGUCUCGCUUGUUGCAUUUAUUUGUCCACAGGCAGAAGGAGACUGGGGACAGUCCUUCAACGACGAAUCAUUGGAGAUCGGUGGUUUAGAAUUGAUUGGGCCCCCAAGCGAUCGGUUUUACUCGACUAUUCAAUCAUUGGAAACAUCUCUAAGAGAGAUACUUCCGGCAUACAUGCUUCCAUCCUUCUUCAUACCGCUUGCUGAUGUUCCUCUCACCUUAUCGGGUAAAGUGAAUCGGCGCCUACUCCGGGAUCAAUCCACAAGCUGGUCGCUCAAGAGACUAGAGUUAUAUCAAUUAAGAAGUAGGAAUCUCCCUGCAGAAGAAGUUCCUAUCACGGCGCAUGGCCGGGAAAUCCAACAGAUCAUUGGCCAAGCUCUCAAUCUGGAUACGAAAUCAAUACCCAUGAACAGCAACUUUUUUGGCCUUGGGGGGGAUUCAAUUUCGGCUAUGCAUGCCUCCAUGCUUGCAAGACGCAGAGGAAUACACUUGACAGUUGCGAAUAUCUUCACACACCAGAUUCUUUCAAGAAUAGCGUCGCAGUCCGCUAUAGACAAUGGAGAUAAUAGUAUGACCUCUAAAAGUCGGUCUAUCUGCCGUGAACUAUCUGCACCAAGCAUGAAUCCAUCGCAUCACUGCAAAAUUGCUUAUGACAAACUCCUUCAUCACCUCCCACAGGAGAUUGUCGACAACAUUGUGGAGGCCAUUCCCGCCACUGAAUUCCAAACAAUGACGCUCCAUAACUUCUACUGCCGAUACUUAUGGAUCUCCCUGCCUGACGUAGUGAAUCAAGAGCAGCUAUUGAAAGCCUGCUGUCAGCUCGUCGAGAAACACUCCGUCUUGCGCACUGUCUUUUACACAAACAGUGACACAUCGGUCAUACAACUGAUCCUGCGCAAGGUUCACAUCAGCUUCAUUCAUUAUGAAAACAUCGAAAGCCUGGAGAAUCAUUGCGCAGAAGAUUCGCUUGCCAUGGGAGUACCCAUAAACGGUGAGCUAGGAUUUCAGGUACAGCUCGUGACUGUGAGGGACGCAGGGAUGUUUCUAAUUCUGCGAUUACCUCAUGCCCUAUUUGAUGGGAUUUCCUUGAGUAUCAUCUGCGGUGAUCUCAGUUCUGCAUACAGCGGAAAAUCGCUUCCGCCUUGUGCUCAGUUUUCGGACCACAUUCAAUAUGUCUGGGAUAAAAGGACACCAGAGACCUAUAAUGUAUGGAAGGAGGUACUGGGAGAGGCCCCAAUGACCACCUUGAACAACAAGUUCUCACGCAAUUGGGAUAGGCUCGGCGAAAAGGAGAAUCCAAAUAUAGGCACAAAUUCAGAACAGCCAAGAGUGGUGACGGCAAUUGCAGAGACUUCACCGAUCUCUCCUCCACCCAACAUCACAAUGGCAACAUUGGUCAAACUGGCGUGGGCAAUCACUCUUUCUCGACUAUUUACCUCAUUUCAGGAAGAUGAUGGGUGCGAGCAGGGCUUGAACGAUGUUGUUUUUGGGCAGGUCAUACAUGGUCGAGGACUUGGAAUCUCCCACGAAGACCGGAUUGUCGGUCCAUGCCUCAACAUCAUCCCUGUGCGAGUACACUUUCCUCCGCGCUCGAAUAAAUUUGACCUUCUUGACCAGGUCCAACAGCAGCACAUUCAAACCAUGCCUGUUGAGAAUCUUGGACUUGGCGAAAUUUCCCAUCAUUGCACAUCUUGGGAAGCUGGCACAAAAUUUGGCAGCUUUGUGAGGUUCCAAAACUUCACCAACAAUGACGAAUCGACUUGCUAUUUUGAUGGAGAUACCUGUGAAACAGGUCUGUAUAGUCUUCCGAAUCGACCAUCGAGCACGGCCAAUGUGCUUGUUGUCCCUCAUGGGCCCACAUUGAUGAUCACCAUGACGAUAUCCAAUCAAGUAUUGGAUAGAGAUUCUGCGGAUUAUGUAGUUGGAUAUUUCAGUGACGUGGUCGAAAGCCUGGCAAGUGAAAAGGCAGUCUGCGAAUAUCUUGUAUAA